GACCUUCCAGCAAAUUCAAAAUGGCGGAAUUUCAGAAAAAUGGUUCGGAGCUAAACAGGAUAUACCAAGUAUAAAUUUAAAAUUAAAUACAGGGGGAAAAUAAACAAUUUGCUCCACAAACACAAAGUGAGCAGUUAUCAAUAACCGAUUUGCUUGUUUUAAAUUAGUUUUAAUCUUUUUUUAACAUUGCGGCGUCAUAUUUUAAAGAGUGAGACAUGGCAGAGGAGCGCAGACAGAAGCUGUGUUCGGUGAUCCUCCCUACUGAAUCUAUGAAGGCGAUGGCGGAGUCAGUGGGUGUGGGCUCACUGCAGGAAGACAGCUGUCUGGCCCUCAGCGAAGAGGUUAGCUACAGGAUUAAAGAGAUUGCACAGGAUGCACUAAAGUUCAUGCACCAUGGGAAGAGACGCAAACUUCUGACUGGUGACAUUGACCAUGCUCUUAAACUAAAAAACGUGGAGCCGCUAUAUGGAUUCCAGUCUCAAGAGUUCAUCCCAUUCCGCUUUGCCAGUGGAGGUGGCAGAGAAUUGCAUUUUUAUGAAGAAAAGGAAGUGGAUCUUAGUGACAUCAUCAACACACCCCUCCCUCGAGUUCCUCUUGAUGUUUCACUCAAAGCUCACUGGUUAAGCAUUGAUGGUGUCCAGCCUGCAAUACCAGAGAACCCACCUCCAGCCCCUAAAGAGCAGCAGAAGGCAGAGUCUACAGAGCCACUCAAAGCUGUCAAACCUGGACAGGAAGAGGAAGGCUCUAUCCAGUCCAAGGGUCAGGGUGCAACCUCUGCUGAAGUCAAAGGAAAGGAGAAGAUGCGGAUGAAGCCGCGUAGCACACACGAGCUCUCUGUGGAACAGCAACUGUAUUAUAAAGAGAUCACUGAAGCCUGUGUGGGAUCUUGUGAAGCCAAAAGAGCGGAGGCACUGCAGAGCAUAGCAACAGACCCUGGCCUGUACCAGAUGCUGCCAAGGUUUAGUACCUUCAUCUCCGAGGGCGUGCGUGUAAAUGUUGUUCAGAAUAACCUGGCUUUGCUGAUAUACUUGAUGAGGAUGGUGAAGGCUUUAAUGGACAAUCCCACACUAUAUUUGGAGAAAUAUCUCCAUGAAUUGAUCCCAGCAGUGGUGACGUGUAUUGUCAGUAAGCAGUUAUGUUUGAGGCCUGAUGUGGACAAUCACUGGGCUUUGCGAGACUUUGCUGCUCGGUUGAUGGCUCAGAGCUGCAAGACGUUCAGCACAACCACCAACAACAUCCAGUCUCGUAUCACCAAGACCUUUACUAAGGCAUUGUUAGAUGAUAGGACUCAGUGGACGACUCGUUAUGGCUGCAUUGCUGGACUUGCUGAACUUGGGCAUGACGUGAUAAAGACAUUGAUCAUCCCUCGCCUGUCUGUAGAGGGUGCUCGUAUUAAAGCUGUGAUGGAUGGGCCAGUGGUAUCUAACAUUGAUAAGAUUGGAGCCGAUCAUGUCCAGAGUCUGUUACUUAAACAUUGUGCAAGUGUGGUUGCUAAAACUAGGCCACUACCAGAUUUGGUGGAUCAAUACAAGGCAGAUUUUGGCUAUCUGGGCACCAUGCUCUGUUCACAUGUGAUCAAGGCCCGUGCACAGGCUUCCUUCCAGGCCCAAACUGUUAACAGAACCACACUUACUAUCACACAGCCACGGCCAACUCUGUCAAUGUCUCAGAGUGGAUUGUCAACGUCAGGUUCACGCACACCCAGCAUCAUUAAAGUACCCAGUUCGCUCACCCUCAUGUCCGCUCGCCCUGGAACGCCCACUCAGCCAUCACCUCCAGCAACCAAGUAUAUUGUUAUGGCAACAAGUGCAGGGGCUGCAUCCACACAGCAGGUAAUCACUCUCAGCUCCUCCCAGUCUGGAUCUCCUGUCACAAGUACAGUCCCCAGCACCCCCACAUCUUUACAGCCACUCGUCAAACUUGAGUCUGGAAACACAGGUGCUGUGGGCGGCUCACGCCCUCUCCAGAAAUACAUUGUGGUGUCUUUGCCUUCAUCCUCUUCCUCACUGGAGAACAAGGGCACAGGUGUCCUUCCCUCCUCUACCUCACCCAUUAGCAUGGAGUCUACUGUCAAGCUAGAACGUUCAGAAUCACCGGCCGCAAGCACACAAUCGCCACAUUGAAACUCACACUCGCUUAUUCCACCAAGAUACAGAAGAACAAUAGCUUGAGACUCGGCAUAGUGCUUACUAAGCACUUUCGGACAAACUGACAUGUGCUUAGAAUUAAGAAAGCGAGCAAAUAGCUAUGCACCCUUGGACCUUAAGACUCAUUCACACACUGUGUACAUACUAAAUAUAUAUGUCAAAAAUUAACACUGAAUUAUGUAUACACUCAAAUACAUGUCUGAAAUAACAAAUAACAACAAAUAACAAACACUGGCAGAAACGGUGGCAGAAAAAUACAGGUCGGAACUUGAUUGUGAUUUGAGAUAAAAAGGUUCUUUGUUUGAAUUCACAGCUUUAACAAUGUUUCAUUAAUAAACAUAAGGAUAUGGUUGUAUUUAUAAUGGGAGAAGGAAUAAUAGAUGUGCAUUUUUUGUGUAGAAAGCCAACAAACAAGCAAAAAAAAAAAAAAGAGAUGGUGGGUCCAUCACUGUCUGUUAUAUGUGUGUAUAUUUGAGCAUGUGAGCUUGACCGAAAACUGGGCAUUUAUAGGACUAAUGAACAAUUUAAUUGAUUUACUAUUUCAUGAUCAUUUUUUAUUGUCUAUAAUAAAGAUGGAUUUUAAAUGUG